UCUCCGACCGCUUCUUCCGCCCGACCUGGGAGAGCUGCCAGGCCUGUCUCGGCUUCAGAAAUGCUGCGCGGCGAACAAGCGGCUGGGGAAGCAACAGGUAAUAAACCAGUAUUGGAAGAACAGAUCCAAAUACACGAUGAGUUCACCAGCAUUUGUGGAGCACCUACUCAGGUCUUAAAAUGUGGCCCUUGGAAAAAUCUCUUUGAAAAUGGAACUGUUCCAAGACUCUUAUUUUUAGUCAUCCCAGGCAAUCCAGGAUUGGCUGGCUAUUACCGGACAUUCAUCCAAGCUUUGUACUGUGACCUAAGUCAGCAGUAUCCAGUAUGGGUUGUAAGUCAUGCAGGACACUGUAAAGUCCCUCAUGACUUGGAAGUUGUGGAAGACACAGAUGUUAAAGAACUGGAUGAUGUCUUUGGACUUUGUGGACAAAUUGAACACAAACUGAACUUCCUCCGAAAGAACGUACCCCAGGACAUGAAGCUUGUGCUCAUUGGCCACUCAAUUGGUUGUUAUAUUGUUCUUGAAAUGAUGAAGCAAGCACCAGAACUGGAGGUCCUCCGUUGUAUGAUGCUCUUCCCUACAAUCGAGCGAAUGGCACAGUCCCCACAAGGCAGGAUCAUGACACCCUUCCUCUGCCAGUUUCGUUACCUUGUCUACAUGCCAAUAUACCUAAUGACACUUCUCCCAGAAAAAAUCAAAAGAUCCGUGGUGCGCUUUGUGCUACGAGGACUGAAAUUCCGUGAUGAACCUUCAGUAAUGGCUUCUUUAGAUCUGACUGAAAUGGAUUGUGUUGCAAAUGUCAUGUACUUGGCAAGUCAAGAGAUGAGGACAGUUGUGAAGAGAGACAGCAGUACCAUAAGACAGCACUUAAAUAAGCUGACUUUUUACUAUGGAGCUACAGACCUGUGGUGCCCUGUGCAAUACUAUGAAGAGAUGAAGACAGAGUUUCCAGAUGGAGACAUCCGAUUGUGUGAAAAAGGAAUCCGACAUGCUUUUGUUCUUGAAGCCAGCAAGGAUGUGGCUGCUAUGCUUACUGAGUGGGUACAGGAUGAUCUAGCCAGACUGUAAACGGGGAAGCAAUGGAUAAAAUGGACAAUUGUGAGAUGUUGCCUGUUUUGUGAACAUGCAGAUGUACUUGAGAAGGUUUGCUCCCCUAA